GUUAUAAUAAUUACAAAAAAAAAAUUAGUCGUGUUGUAAAUUGUUCAUCGUUCAAUUGUGUUAAAUAAAAAGUUAAUUUUUAUACGUGUAAGGGUAAACCAUUUUUUAUUGCGCAAAAUAUUAAAUGAAAUCGUUAAAAUGUGAACAGAAAAAUAGAUAAGUCUAUUGUUGUGAUAUUUUAUGAUGCAGUGGUCAGUUUAUGUGGGACACAUUGUUAAGAUGUUUAUAAAAAGGUAAAAAGAAAUCGAAUGGUAAAUUAUGGAUGAUGAGGAGGCUGAUUUGCGCGAGCAGAUAUUCCACAAUAAUGUUCGGGAGCAGAUUAUAUUCUUGCUGUUAUUUAUAUUAUUAUAUCUGUUAUCGUUUAUGCUGAUUGAGAAGUUUCGCCGCCGUGACAGCGAGGAUUACUUCACAGCUGACGAGGAUGAAGUCAAAGUGUACAGGAUCAGUCUGUGGCUUUGUACCUUUGCCCUGGCUGUAUCACUGGGCUCUGCUUUAUUGCUGCCAUUGUCAAUAAUCAGUAAUGAAGUGCUUAUUUUGUACACAGAUACCUAUUAUGUUAAAUGGUUGAAUAGCUCUCUAAUUCAAGGUCUUUGGAAUCAUGUAUUUCUUUUUUCAAAUUUGUCAUUAUUUGUGUUCCUGCCAUUUGCAUACUUAUUCUCUGAGUCAUCUGGUUUCCCGGGGUGCCGUGGCCUACGUGGACGUGUAUAUGAAACAUUUAUAGUACUGGCGCUACUGGGUGUGGUGAUGUUAGGCUUGGCAUAUGUCAUAUCAGCUUGGCUUGAAGGAGACAGAUCUGGCAUUGAUGCUCUGCUUAGCUUGUGGACUUAUCUGCCUUUCUUAUAUUCCUGUGUAUCUUUUGUGGGUGUUCUGAUGUUACUCGUAUGCACCCCUUUGGGCUUCGUGCGUCUCUUCGGAGUGAUAAGCGGCGUGUUGGUGAAGCCACAAUUCCUGCGAGACUUGAAUGAGGAAUACUACGUCUACUCGUUUGAGGAGAAGACGAUAAGGCGCAGGAUCGACACAUCUGUUGCCACAGGUGCUGGCUACAUAUCGCCUGAGCCGAUGUACGUAGACCACGGAGAUAUAUCCGCGCCGGUCAACGCUAACCUAUCCCGCGCUAAGGAUGUGAUUGACCAACAUUGUAAAGAGACGCCAUUACUCAGGCUGCGGAAUGGUGCCCUACAGGCUGGUCUUAAUGAAAGGCUAGAGAAGAUCGUAGCCAUGAGAAAGGAGGUUGAAAAGCAACGAAAGACAUCGUCGCUACAGCGCAACGUGGUGUACCCAUUGGCCAUGUUGUUGCUGCUGGCGCUGACCGCUAUCACUGUGCUUAUGGUGCUGCAGAAUGCUCUCGAGCUGCUCAUCGGUAUUAAAGCACUGCCGCUCAGCACACGGCAAUUCACGCUUGGAAUAGCUUCGCUGUCGAAGCUGGGCUGGGCGGGCGCGACUCUGGAGGCAUUCCUCAUCCUGUACCUACACGCGGCCUCGCUGACGGGGCUGGCGGGCCCGAUGGCCGCGCUACGCCUCUCCCCUCGCGCCCGACGCACGCCCCUCAGGAAGAUCAUCGGCGCCUGCGCAGUGCUCGUCGUCUACUCGACCGCGCAGCCGCUACUCGUUAAAAUACUCGGUAUAACAAACUUCGAUUUGUUAGGCGAGUUCGGUCGCAUCAAGUGGCUGGGUAAUUUCAAGCUGGUGAUGUUCUACAACGCGCUGUUCGCGGGCACCGUCACCCUCUGCCUCGUGCGCAAGUUCACUGCCAGCGUGCGCCGCGAGCUCUACAACAGGUUUAAAUGGAUCGCAGAUUUAUUUACAUUACCUGAAGAAUCUGCUGCUAUUAAGUCUCCUUUAUCUGCGCGUUCAUCGGUUGAGAGGACUGUGAUAAACAAGGAAGAAACAACUCAAAAUGUUGAACAUCUUAAAACGGAAUAGAUAAAAAAUAAAACCUUACCUUAAAAAAACGAAAAAAAAA